CAAAAAUAAACAUCAACAAAAGGCUGUCAGUUUUUUUUACAAUUUAACACACGUGCACUUGUAUAAAAGAAAUAUUGUGGUAAAAAUAUAAAAUUUGUAUAUUAUUUAUAAAAUAUAAAUAAAUAUGGGCAAACAAAAGAAGACACAAAAGGUGAAGAAACAAAAAAAUGCCCAACUGAAACGUUUGCUGAAACCCACCGACUCCCGCAUUAAGGAUGAGUUGCGUAAAAAACGCAAACUAGUCAUAGAUCCCACCCAAAUCAAAGUCAAUCAGGCAACACAACAAAGCUCGGCACUCUUCUUCCAAUACAACACCCAACUGGGUCCACCCUAUCACAUUGUUUUGGAUACAAAUUUCAUUAAUUUCAGCAUAAAGAACAAACUGGACAUCAUACAGGGCAUGAUGGAUUGCCUGUAUGCCAAAUGUAUACCCUACAUAUCGGACUGUGUACGUGCUGAAUUGGAAAAACUGGGCAAUAAAUAUAAAUUAGCAUUGAGAAUUAUAUCUGAUCCACGCUUUGAACGUUUACCGUGUUUGCAUAAGGGCACCUAUGCCGAUGACUGCAUAGUGGAUCGCAUUAAGCAGCACAAGUGCUAUAUAGUGGCAACAAAUGAUAAGGAUUUGAAAAACCGUAUACGCAAAAUACCCGGUGUACCGAUUAUGUAUGUAGCUGCCCAUAAGUAUGCUAUUGAACGUAUGCCGGAAGCGUAUGGUGUGAAAGCGUAGUUUUUAGGAUACAAUGGAAUUUCUUUUUUAAUAUUUAGAUUCUGAUUGUCCUUUCCUCGUAUUAUAAGAACUUUUGUUAAUGAUUAAAUUAAAGAAAAAUACAUGUAUUUUAAUAA